AUGGGAAAAAGAGCUUUCAAACAUGGUAAUUUUAAAACAGCGCAAAACUACUUCGAGUUGACAUUGAAGGAAGCAAAAGAGAGCGGAAACAGAGCCUUUGAAGGAAGUGUAUAUAACUUUCUUGGCCUUGCCUAUGAGUCUCUCGGUGAGGUCAGGAAGGCAAUCGAGUUUUAUCAGCUGAGCCUAACUAUCGCAACAGAGACUGGAGACAAAGAUUCUGAAGGAACUGUAUAUAACAACCUUGGCGGUGCCUAUAAGUCUCUCGGUGAGGUCAGGAAAGCAAUCGAGUUUUAUCAGCUGAGCCUAACUUUCACAACAGAGACUGGAAACAAAAAUUAUGAGGGAACUGUAUAUAGCAACCUUGGCGAUGCCUAUCGGUUUCUCGGUGAGGUCAGAAAGGCAAUCGAGUUUUAUCAGCUGAGCCUAACUAUCGCAACAGAGACUCGAGACAAAGAUAUUGAGGGAGCUGUAUAUAACAACUUUGGCUGUGCCUAUGUGUCUCUCGGUGAGUCCAGGAAAGCAAUCGAGUUUUGGCAGCUGAGCCUAACUAUCGCAACGGAGACUGGAAACAAACUUUUGGAAGGAACUGUAUAUGACAACCUUGGCGGUGCCUAUGUGUCUCUUUGUGAGUCCAGGAAGGCAAUCGAAUUUUUUCAGCUGAGCCUAACUAUCGCAACAGAGACUGGAAACAAAGGUUGUGAAGGAAAAGUAUAUUACAACCUUGGCCGUGCCUAUUACUCUCUCGAUGAUGUCAGGAAAGCAAUCGAGUUUUAUCAGCUGAGCCUAACUAUCGCAACAGAGAUUGAAGACAAAGAUUCUGAGGGAGUUGUAUAUAACAACUUUGGCCUUGCCUAUAACUCUCUCGGUGAUUUCAGGAAAGCAAUCGAGUUUUAUCAACUGAGCCUAAAUAUCGCAACAAAGACUGGAAACAAAAAUUCUGAAGGAACUGUAUAUAACAACCUUGGCGCUGCCUAUUACUCUCUCGGUGAUUUCAGUAAGGCAAUCGAGUUUUUUCAGCUGAGCCUAACUAUCCCAACGAAGACUGGAAAUAAAAGUUUGGAACUAACUGUAUAUAACAACCUUGGCUGUGCCUAUAAGUCUCUCGGUGAUGUCAGGAAAGCAAUCAAAUUUUGUAAGCUGAGUCUAACUAUUGCAAAGGAUACUGGAGACAACUAUUCCGAAGCACUUAGCUGUCACAACCUCGCUUGUUGUUUUUGUGAUCUUGAGGACUUUCUUGAAGCCGAGGAGUCUUGCAGAUCUUCAGUAAGACUGUUAGAGGAAACUAGGGUCCUUCUUCAAGGGAAAGACGCAUGGAAAAUCAACUUUCGGGAUCAACAUGAUAGUACUUAUACUCAUUUAACGCGUCUUCAGUUACGACAAGGCAAGAGCCUUGAGGCGCUCUCUACAGCUGAGGCAGGACGAGCACAAGCUCUCAUGCAUCUCAUGAAAUCGCGAUAUGACGUCAGUACAUCAAUUUGGUCGUCGUCAGAACAGGACAGGGAACUGAUAAUGUCCAAUUCAAGCCUUAGUUGGCCACCUAUUCUUUUUCUAGCAGAAGAAGAAAAACAGGAAGACUUUAAAACAUCAUUGAGUUUCUGGUUAAUUCUAAAUGGACAGCAGUGUCAGAUGAUGCAAAAAAAAAUAAAUGGUAACCUGACAUCAUUGAUUUACCAAACAUACGAAAAUAUUGGUGUAAGGACUGGUGUGAGGUGCAAGCCCUUGAUAUCACAGCAAGACGACGAGAGUGCUACUUUGAAAACAUUGUAUGACCUAGUUAUCGCUCCAUUUUCAGAUUUGAUAAACGGUGAUGAACUCAUUAUUAUCCCUGAUCGUGCAUCAUUCUUGAUCCCUUAUGCUGCCCUCAUGGACCAACAAUCCAGAUAUUUGUCUGAAACGCUGAGAAUUCGAUUGGCUCCAUCAUUAACAAGCUUGCUGCUGCUGACAGUUUGUGAAGAAAGUCACCAUAGUACUUCUGGUGCACUGCUUGUUGGUAAUCCGUGGGUGGAAACUGUACCCAUCAAAGACAGCAAACCGUUCCCGCAGCUCCCGGGUGCUGAGAAAGAAGCAAAAAUGAUUGGACAGAUUCUCAACACUGAACCCCUCAUUGGGAAAAAAGCUACGAAAGACCAAGUUUUGAGCAGGCUUAAUUCAGUUUCUUUGGUGCACCUUGCAGCUCAUGGUUGUCGAGAAACCGGAGAAAUUAUUUUGUCUCCUAAUGUUGCUGAUGCUGAAAGACCGAAAGAGGAAGACUUCCUUUUAACAAAGGCAGAUGUUUUGGGUGUACAAUUGCGAGCCAGGCUUGUUGUUUUAAGCUGCUGUUACAGUGGACGCGGAGAGAUCAAAGCCGAAGGCGUGGUUGGAAUUGCACGUGCCUUUUUAGGAGCCGGGGCACGUUCUGUUAUCGCGUCACUGUGGGAGCUGAGCGACGAAGCCACUCUGGAGUUUAUGAAACACUUUUACGAACAUUUGGUAGAAGGGAAAAGUGCAAGUAAGUCGCUUCAUCAGGCCAUGAAAUUGAUGCGAGAGUCUGAAGAGUUCAAUGCGGUGCGGUACUGGGCGCCAUUCAUGCUGAUUGGCGAUGACGUGACAUUGAAUUUUGAGCCAAUCAAUGGUGAGAACCACAUUAAAGCUUAG